AUGCAAGAAAGUCUGACUCCAGGUUCAUCCGCCCCCCUUAAUAUUCAUGACAAGCGCUUUGCCGCCCUGUACGAAUUGGGCGGCAAGAUUACGGAGCUCUUUGCCAAAGAGCUGAUUUCACAAUCAGGCUUACCUUGGUCUAGUCAAGAGCCUUUGGUAAUCCUUGACAAUGCCUGUGGAACGGGCGCCGUCUCAAGCGUCCUUCAUCAUACUAUCGGCAACGACAAGAAAGCUAACUGGCAUUUGACCUGUGGUGAUAAGUCAGAGAAUAUGCUCCAUUAUACCAGACAGAAAAUGCUCCAGGAAGAAUGGCAUAAUGCUGAAGUGAAGAUCGUAAAUGCACAAGACACUCGUCUGCCGAGUGCACACUUUACUCAUAUAUUCACGGCCUUUGCUUUUAAUCUCUUCCCUGACGAUAAGUCUGCUAUGAAAGGUAGCCCCGUGAAUGCGUCAGAAUACUUCAACCAGGUGGCAUCUUAG